AUGAAUGAUCAAAAACCUUAUUUAAUCUUGGAGCAUCCUCAUGCACAAAAUCCAGUCUUGAGUUUCAAACACUAAACUUUAUCAAACAAUGAUAAAAUAUGGAUCUCUCAUAUUAAAAUUAAAAACCCUUUGGAAAAUAAUCAGUAAAUUUCUAAUACAUGCUUCUUAGAAGUCUUGCAUUCAAGGUUAUGUCUACAGCUGCAGAACAGAUCAAAUCCUAUCCCUUCGUGGGGAUAUUAAAGGCAGGAGAAAGCAAAACUAUCAAAUUGAUUACCAAAGAGCCUAUUUUCGAUAGUAUCUGCUUUUUAUUAUUUUAGAGGCUGUUAAAGUCAGGAUAAUCUCAAUGAAUAUUGAUAAACCUUAGGAAAUUAAUGACUAGUAUGAAAUAAUGGACUAAUUUAAAUUGCUCAAGGAUUAAAUUAAGGAUCUUCCCUCGAUCUUCCUGCAAGUAUCAGAUUUCAUUUAAUCUGAAACAGUCUCUUAUGUAUGAUCUUUAAAGUACUAAUAGUGAAUGCAGAUUACUUUGCCAAGUGAUAGAAGAAUCCCUAUGUUUACAUCGCAUGUUUCAUAAAUCCAAAAUGGGGAUGGCACUCCUGUCUCUGCUGUGUUGAAAUCUACGAUUAGUUAACGAAAGCAAAAGGAUUCUUUGUAGAUAUCCCAAAACUUUUAGAUGGAACAAAAUAUUGGGGCUCUUCAGGAUCAACAAUAAGCCCUGAUCAAUGAGACUAGGGAAUUGAACAAACAGAUAGUUCUUAUUAAAGCCAAAUAAAAUAUACCAUUUGAAGAUGAGAAAGAUGACUAAGUUAAAUUUACUUUGUUUUAAUUAAUUGUAAUAGCCUUAAUUAGCCUAUUGAUAGGGUUUUGUAUGCCUGAGUUUUGA